CGUCAUUUCAUCUCUUCACAGGGAAAUCUACAGAUGUGACCUCCAGCAGCUGGAGGAAGUCUUGCUAACAGUCCUGACUCUGCACAGAGCGACGGAUAUCGACCGAAAACCAGGAUUUAAAAAGUUUAAGAAGAAUGUCCGGCCCCGGUGGUUUGAUCUCAGAGUUGAUAGUGGAUGUGGCAUCUUCACCUGAUGGUCCAACUGCAAAGCCACCAGCAGACGGUGGUGUGAAUCCACUAUGUGAGGGGAGAAAGAAGAUGAAAGGUGAGGAGGAAGAAGAAUAUGAGGUGUUAAAGGAGGAGGAAGAUCAUGGAAACAAGGAGGAGGAAGAGGAGGAGGCGAUCAGCUCUGCUCAUCUGGAGCCGUGCACGUUGCCGUGGCCUGGAGACAAAGACAAGAGGCCUCAGGCGGACAACGAUGGAGCGUGGUCAGAGAGAGGAGUGUCAGAGCCUGAAGAGAGGGACACUGGGAUCAGCACAGGAAGUCAGGACCUGUCCGAGAAGCAGAGCGAGGCCUGGAGAGACAGAAAGAGCAGAGCCAAGUGGAGGGAGAGCAUGCCUGAGGGAGAGAGGUGGAGGGACGACGAGGUUGAGCCGCGGCGGGACGACCACGGAGACGGCUCUCAGGCAGACGAUGAGGAGGAGGAUGAUGAGGAGGAGGAGGAGGAGGAGGAGGGAGGAGGAGAGCAACACUGGAUGUCAGAGAAAGCUGCUCUGUCACCACAAGUCACCAUCGUGCAUCCGUCCUGUAAAAGUCUUCCAGAGGAGAGUCGGCUCUUCAUAGAGAAGGACGCCGAGUCACAGGUGGAGCCUGACGCAGCCGCACAGCUCCACCCAGAGUGGACGGAGGAGGACAAGUACUAUCUGUGUGAGCGCAUGUGCAGUGUCAAAGUGACGCUGGGUCUGUCAACGGCGGCCGCGGCGCUCCUCUUCCCUCUCAUGGUGUGGGGAGGCUACAAACUCCUCCCCUUCGACCCGCCGCUGCUGGGGAGCGCCCCCCUCAGGGUGGUGUACACACUGCGCUGCUCCUUCUUCGCCAUCAUCCCCAUCCUGCUCGGCGUGCUGGUGCAGGGCGUCGCCCGCCUGCGUCACAGUGAGCUGAAGCCGCUCUUCCAGAGCAAACUGCUGAACAGGGAGGUCGCCGUGCACUGGCACUACGUCAACGAAUCACUGGCCCUCUUCCUCUUCUUCUUCCUGCAGCUGGCCGUCAUGGCGAGCUACAUCAGCCAGGAGCUGGUUAAACUGGUGCCGCUGCUCACCAUCAUAUUUGUUUUUGGCAGACUCAUCUACUGGCUCUGCCUCUCUCUGGGCAGCAGCUUCCGAGGCCUCGGCUUCGGCUUCUCCUUCUUCCCCAUCCUGGUCAUGCUGGGCGUCAACCUCUACUACAUCUGCUCGUCAGUCGGGGUGGACUCGGUGUUCGACAUAGAGCCGCCCACCACAGCUCCUCCUCCCAUGCAGCGCUGGUGGGGUUGAAAGACAACGUCCGAAAGGUGACGAGGUCAAAUGCAAACACUUUAAAAAUCACGACAAAACACUCGCACAAAAAACCUGGCUUGUUCUUUGAGCAUCUUUUUAAAGUUAUAAUCCUUAAGAUUGUAGAUUGUGGUCACUGAGGUUUGGUUUCAGACUCAACAGAAGAAGAACCAAUAAAGUUAAUUUACAGAGCAGCCAAACAAACAUGUUUCUACAAAGUCAGUAAAUAUAAAUUCAUCAGAUCUAAACCAUCAGAUUUUAUCAAAGAUAUAAAAAACAACCAGUUGUUGGAAACUGUUGAUUACAUUUCUUUUUGUGGACAUGUUUGAUAAACAUGUUUCCUGUGGCUGCUUCAAAAUAAAAGCCUCCCUGCAUUUUCCUAGAUGAAAGCUUUUAAUGUGAAGCAGCAGUUGGAACAGCAGUAACUUAGACGGUGAACAUUUGACAGUGUUAUCAAUAAAAAAUGCAAACACAGAGAAAAUGUUAAAUGUCGACCGGAAAUGGAAUUUAAAAUGCUGUUACUGAAAAUCUGGAUUAUAACUUUUAUUAUUUGAUUUCUCUGUGAACAUAGAACUGAUCAAAGAUCUAAAUCAGGCUGGGAGUUAAAGUGAAGCUCAGGUCGAAUAUAAAAAUGCAAUAAUAUUCACAUUGUAGAUAAAAAAUGAAGUUUACGCUGCCUCUUCUCGUGCUGAGCGGUUGAUGAUCCAGUUUUGAGGCUGAAUGGUUUUAGUGUGAGAAACCCAGAGUUUGGAUGUGAUGCAGAAAAACAGGGAAAAUAAACACAUUAAAAACUGUCAAAUGAUCUGGAUAUGAAAAGUAAAUAUUACAGGGAUUAGAUUUUUUUUUUUAUGAGGUUGAAUUAUUUGCAUUGUGUUGUUUUAUGAAUCCUGUUUUCUUUUGUUUUGUUGCUGCAGAACUGGUACUCGUGGCAUCUUUCUACUUUAUAUUUAUAACGAAACACGUCUUUGUUUUAUUGAUCAAAUGCUUUAGUAACAUAAGUUGCGGAGUUGUUUUUUCGUUAGUCUCUCUUCUUUCUGUUGAAGGAUCUUUCUCAUUGUAAGAAUGAAUGUGUAUUUAAAGUAAAUAUCAACAGUAAGCACCUUGAAUGAGUAAAAUAAAACUUCAUCACCAAACAUGAUGAUCAAUAUUUGAUGAUUCAGAACCUGAUGAAAUGUGGUCACGCUCUCUGAUGUGGAAAAUGUAGUGAAUCAUAUUUUAGUUGAAACAACUUGAUGUUGAUUCAUGAGACAAGUUUCAGCAUCAUCAACCCGCCUGAGCCAUAAAAUGCAGCUGGUCCUGAAAGACAACUGCCGAGUCACGGUUUAAGAUGUGGAAGAAAGACGGACGCCACAAAUAUUCAAAAUCAAAACAAUAAAUAAACUGACAGUCUGCAGCAAAGUCACUACAUUUGUUUCUCUGAGCUCAGAUCCACUGUUUCCCCAUCACCCCCGUCCGCUUCUUCGUCAUCAGGAUUAUACAAAAACUGCAGAACAGAUUUCCACAAAUCUUGGUGUAGGGAUGAGAUACGACCCCAGAGAGAGAGUCUAUACAGUUUCAGACUGGAUCCAUAGAAAGCAGCAGAUCCAAGAUUUUUUUUUUCUUCAACAUUGUGAGAUGUCUUUUGACAUUUUCAUGGAUUUCCCAGAGAAUAAUUAAUGGAUCUCAAUGACAAAAAUGACAAAGUGUGUUAUGUGGUGCAGAUCCAAAUAAAACUCCUUUAUUGUCAUUGAACAGCUGUACCACCAAAUCUAGUGCAUCUCCCUGUCUUGG